AUGACACGUCGGUCCAUCACAAUUGACCAAGGUCCGGCGGCUACUUAUCAUGUCAAGUUGAACACGGCGUCGUUGAAUCCUAGACCUGUCGAAGGUUUUGGGGGUGCAUUCACAGCGGCAUCUGGUGUGAAUUACAAGAAGUUGAGUGAUGAUGAUAAACGCAAAUUCAUCGAAUUGUACUUUGGCCAGAGUGGACUCCGCUACACUAUGGGUAGAAUACCAAUCAACUCGUGUGACUUCAGUCCGUACACUUACAACUUUGACAACGUGUCUGAUGACUUCGCUUUGGAGCACUUCGAUGAGUCCUUGAAGGGAGAUGAAGACACUGGUAUGAUUCAGCUCAUGCACGAUGCUUUGGGGAAGGCGUCAUUGAAGCUAUUCGGAAGCCCAUGGUCCCCACCAUACUGGAUGAAGGCCGGCGAUCACAGUAUGAUUGGCAGCGCUAAUCCCUGCCUUAAGCAGGACAAGAGAUACAAACAAGCCUGGGCGGACUACUUCGUGAAAUGGAUUCAAUCUUAUGGGAAGAAGAAGAUACCUAUUUGGGGAGUAACGCAGCAGAACGAGCCCGAAUUCUAUUUCAACACAAGAUGGGAGGCUUGUUCGUACGACCCUGCCAACCAGACCGAAUUCAUAAGGGACUAUCUUGGACCAACUCUGAACAAAACAUUCGGGGAUAAAGUGAAGAUCAUGUACAUGGAUUAUACCAAGGACCACUUAAUGGAAGUGUCAGAUGUCGUUUUACAGGAUAGCAAGGCUGCUCAGUGA